GUGUAAGGCCUCUCCAACGCGACGAGGGGGCGGAUUUCCGAGGAUCUGUGCGUGGAUUGGUCAGCGAGUCGAGGGGGCGGGAAAGAGGCGGGAACACGCGGCCUCUAGCAGUGGUGGACACGUCGAGCCGGACAGAAGUGACGGGGGCUUCUGAGGAGUCCGGAGAGGGUGACAAAUUCGGGUUCUGAGAGGGAGGAGUCUGUGGCUGAACUCUACUUGGGAAGGCUCUAGACUCUUCAGUGCUCUCAACUUUCCUGGAAAAAUGGAUCAUUCCCACCAUAAGGGAAAAAACUAUAUGGACAACAGCAGCAGCACUAUGCCACCAUCUCACCAUCACCCAACUUCACCUUCACACUCUCAUGGUGAAGGAGAUGGCAGCAUGAAGAUGAUGCCUAUGACCUUCUACUUUGGCUUUAAAGAUGUGGAACUAUUGUUUUCCGGUUUGGUGAUCAAUACAGCUGGAGAAAUGGCUGGAGCUUUUGUGGCAGUGUUUUUACUAGCAAUGUUCUAUGAAGGACUCAAGAUAGCCCGAGAAGGUCUCCUGCGUAAAUCACAAGUCAGCAUUCGCUACAAUUCCAUGCCUGUCCCAGGACCAAAUGGAACCAUCCUCAUGGAAACACACAAAACUGUUGGGCAGCAAAUGCUGAGUUUUCCUCACCUUCUGCAGACAGUGCUGCACAUCAUCCAGGUGGUCAUCAGCUACUUUCUCAUGCUUAUCUUCAUGACCUACAACGGGUACCUCUGCAUUGCAGUAGCAGCAGGGGCUGGAACAGGAUACUUUCUCUUCAGUUGGAAGAAGGCAGUGGUAGUGGACAUCACAGAGCAUUGCCAUUAAUGUCAGUCUGUGGCGUGGCCUUAUUGAUUGAAGUGGGAAGCAGUUCAGGACUGGAAGACGUAAUUCCUGCUCCAAUCAUCCCUCCGUGUUCUUGUCUCUUUACACACACACAUACACACACCCACACACCUGCUGAAUAGAGGUCUAGUUUACAGUUUCUUCUCCAAGGAAAAUCAUUUUUUUCUAAUAAGCUGAGAUUCCCAUUACCCUUGAAGAGAAACUACCCAUGAGAUGUCUUUUCCUUCAUCAUCCUAAAUUUUUGUCUAAUCUAGGUAGCUUUCUAGUCAAUGACUUGAUUGCUUCCUUUUUUUUAGUCUUCUGGAUUUUUUGUUUUUAACAGAUGAUAUGUGAAUUUGGUGUCCCUCCCCAACCCUGAGUCAGUGAUGGAAAGAGAUUAACUUGAGCCAGUAUUGAUGGAAGCUGAAGGAUAUUCUUGCCCACCUAACUCCCAGACUCAAACUUCACAUUAAAAUUAAGCUUCAGUCUUUAGACUCCAAAACGGGGAAAUACAUUGUGCCUUUUUUAGCUGCAAUGUGUUGCACCAAAAUCUUGGUAGUAUGCAGAAGAGUGAUUUUGAAACUAAAUACAGGCCCAGAACCUGUAGAGUGUGUAUUCUUGAGUUGCUAACUCAUUAGCUUGGGUUCUCACUUAACAUUUUGAUUAGAAUGAGCUUAUUAAUCAAAUAAUGACAAUCAAUUUGAGAAAAUAGACUAGACAUUUUUAAAUAAAACCAUUGGCAUUUUGCUUUCACUUGAUAUCUUUGUUUGUCCCAGCUGCACAAAGCAAGAGUUUGAUUUUUAUUCCUCAUUUUGUUUUCAUGCACCCACCUCCAAACCAGUGGGGGUUUUUGGUUUUUUGUGGGUUUUUUUUUUUUUUUGGUCUCUUGAAACAGGCAGGCUUUGGGCUCACUUUGUAGCCCAGGAUGGUCUCGAACUUGCAGCAAUCCUCCGGCCUCACCCUCCCGAGUGCUGAGAUUAGGAAAGUGCACCACCACCAAACCUGGCUCAAACCAGUAGUUUUCAAACUUGCGCUUACAUUAGGAUUAUCUGGAGAGCUAGGGAUGUAACUUAGCAGCACAGUGCCUGCCUCAAAGUGAUGAGUUCGAUUCCUGGUACCAAAAAAUAAAUCAUCUGGAGAGAUUGUUAAAACACCAGUUAUGGGCCCCAAAUAUAACAUAUCUAAGUUCCCAGGUGAUGCCCUGCUGCUGAACUAGAAUACCACAUUUUAAGAAUCUCUGUUUUACACUAGAAAACUGUGAGGUGGGAAGGCUACCUGUAUUGGGCAUGAGAAUUUGAAUUGCUGGUUGAUAGGUGGUAUGUCUGGGCAUACCUCACAUCGUAAAUGUUGUCAAUACUUAAUCAUUCCACAAAUAUUUAUUCAGCGCCAACUGUGUGUAUGUGUACUCACAUGUGUGAAGGACUGUAAAGUACUUACAUCAGCACAUAUGAAGUCAGUCCUUUUUUUAAAAGAUCUAUGAUUCCUUGGAAACAGUUUGAAGGCUGAGAGAGACCUUUGCUGUGCAGUAAAAAUGAGCCACUCAUGGGGCCAGAAGGGCAAACAGAAGUCCACCUUUCUCUUUAUAGAGACAUAGAGUGUGGUCUGCUGAUGCCCAGAUUUUCCUCAGUCCCCAACAUUCUUGUCUAUACUAGGUACAUCAUCCUCAUGCUUCGCGUGACCACCUCUAUUAUUAUUAUACUUGGGGGCUUUAUUAGGUCACAAGUGGCCAAAACCUCUUUUCUCAAUGAAGAAUUACAUUGGAUUUUUAUUCUGUUCAGUUGUUAAUCUAUGCUGUAGUCUUGUUUCCAAACUACCUCUUGAAAGUGAUUCUUCUUGUACUGGUCUGUUCAUUCUUGCCCUCCGUGGUGCUAGAUCUGGUUGUGCCUCAGGGCAGAAGAGAGGAAACACAGUUAUCCUGUUGUCCUGUGUUGUGGUUUUGAAAUUUUUACUUUCUCUGUGGGUACCAGUUAAAAUUGGAGCGCAAAGAAUGUGUACUUCCACAUCUGUGAACCAAGAGAGGGUUAUAAGCCUCCUGGGUGGAGAUUAAAAUGCAAGAAUCAACACUUAGACCUCUGUACUUCUCUCACAUUUCAUCCCCUUGUAGUGCUAAUACUUAGCAUGAGCAAAGUGAAUCACAGGCAUUUAACACCCUUAAUGUAGAUAUAAAUAGCCUUCAUUAAACAGCUUUGUUCCUUAAAAGUCAAGGAAUAAUACCAUGAGGUGAACAUAAGAAUCAAUGUUUAUUGGUGACUUUGGUGCUCUUUAGAAAUCUAGGCAUGAGCUGCUAUAAAAUACCUUCAGAGAACAGAUAUCAGUGGGAUAAGAAAAAUCUAGGCCAGUUGAGAUAAAGUGCUACAAAUUUGAAACUCAGAGAGAAAUCUCAGUUCCCAGACAACUCUUAAGGCGUUUGGGGUAGAGAUAAUCUGAAACACACGAAUUUUACAGAUCCUUAGACAAGAUUGCCAAAGGCUGAAGCUAGUGAAGGACAAAACAGUUAAAGCUUAAAUUCCCAUCUUUCUUGAGCUCAUGGAUUCUGAUGAUACAGUGAUCUCAUUGACUUUCACUUCUGUAUCCCUGUUCACUUGGAAUUUAAUGCCUGAACUCUCUGGCUUUUUUUUUUUUUUUUUUUUUUUUUUUUUUUUGGUAUUUUAUAUCUAAACAGGUUUUUUCUUCCCUUUUUACACCUGCUAUAAGAGUGUGUCUCCAUUUCUUUGCCAUCUUUGCUGACCUCCCUAUCUCUCAGUCUUUGCUAUGCCAUGGAUAUAACUACCAACCAUAAAGGUAUUUAUAAACCUGGUAGAUCCCUUAAGUAUGUGUCUGGAAGCAAAUGCCCCACUGGAAUUUCUAUACAGCUCGGUAAAAGGCUACCUAGUACUGAUGCCAGCAUUAUAAAUCUGAGGUGCUUCUCUAGUCUGUGAUGAAGGAAUACUUAACACCCCCAUUGGCCACAAGUGGUAUCCUGGGUCCACCACAGGAUUGAAAAUUAGUUUCUUUCAGUACUUCUAUGGUAGGAUUGUAGAGAAUGCCCUUUCAGAUUGUAUGUACUGGGAUUGGGUUCCAGUCACAAAGGAAUGAGGCAGGUGGUGCACACUCAUGUCCUUUCAUUUUGAUCCUGCCCUUUUGAGCUGCUUCUACAGAAGAUACAUUUAAAGAUACAAAAUCUACAUUUCAAAUAAUGCCUUAAUCACUGGGUCUACAAUUCAUGUUGACUGUUUUAGAUUGUAAGCUCCUGAGAGCAGUAUUGCUAAAUUAGAAAUGUUUUAACAGUGUCAUGUGCAAAAGAACAAAAUAAAUAUUUUGAUUUUGUGAUUCUA